UUGUGGUUGGGAAUUGUGCUUAAAAAGUGUCGUACAAUGAAGACCGGUUUGUCAACGGCAAAGGUAGACGGAUGUCAUCUUUUUUUUGACAGGAAUUCAAUAUUUCUUUACAAGAUUAGCGCUGUGUGCGUCCUAGUCAUCCUGGCGGGGUCCUGGGCCCAGCAGCAGGAAGCUCCCCCCCUGUCGCCAUGUCCGAACGUGUUCAGCUAUGAACCCCCAGGGACGGAGCCGGGACGUUGGUACGGGGUCGUCAACCUGUCCACGGACAGCACGCUACAUUCUCUAUGGUUGAAUAUUGUGCUGGAUAGGAAAGCUGAUAUAUUAGGAAACUGGGUUGGAGACGUGUCAACGACAGACAAUACUGAUUUCAAGAUUGAGAACACAAAAAUGAAAAUCCACCCGGGCCCCGCUGUGGCCGUCCGCUUCUUUGUCCAGUACAGCCCGUUAAACCCACCGGUUCCCAAACUCAAGGCCAUCCGAUUAAACGGCAGAGAGAUCUGUAACGCCGAUACUCCAGUGCCAGUACAAGUUUACGACGCAGAAGACAGGCCAAGCAGACCUGAAAGCAGCUCCUAUAGACCUACAUCUCGGCAGACGGAAAGACCACGGCCUAAUGACCAAGGCUUGAGACCUAACGAUCAGAAUUCGCGACCAAGUGACCAGGGGAGACCGAACAAUCAAGGGAUCAGGCCAAAUGAAGGAUCUCGGCCUGGUGAUGACGUAUCCCGGCCUGUGGACACUUAUAACAGGCCUACUAGUAGACCGUCGAGGCCCACAAGUGGUAUAAGGCCCCAAGAUGAGGUCACAACUAGGCCUGUGCAGGGAACGCCGUCGCAAGAUGGACCUGUGUAUGUACGCCCCCCACAAGAUGCGGUGCCUUCCAAAAUAGACAAUGAUCCACCUAGGCGUAAUAUAAAUAUCAACCAACCGACCAGUUACCUCACCCCGUCUCCGCCCUUCCGUACCACGAGCACUGUCAGGAAUGACCCUGAGGACUUUGAUGACCCGAGCAGACCUGUGGAUCCAUCAGAAUAUUUCGGGGGUGGACAGCCCACUAUCGUGGUGCCGGCCAAUGGAGGCAACGGUCAGAGCCACUAUGACCGGGAUGUACAACAAAAUGAAUGCGGUAAAGUGGUGCGGCAGAAUCCCAACGCGCUGGUUAUAAAUGGAGCUCCUACGUACGAAGGCGAGUGGCCCUGGCAGAUCGCGUUAUACCAGACUCAGACCAUAGACUACAAGUACAUCUGCGGCGGAACCCUGGUCUCCCACCGUCACGUCAUCACGGCAGCUCACUGCGUUACUCUGAAGAACAGGAACCGAGUGGUGAACAAGGGUACCUUGACGGUCUACCUCGGGAAACACAACCUGAGGACAUCCACAACUGGUGUCGAAAUCAGAGCUGUAGAAGAUAUCAUUACGCAUCCUCAGUAUAACGCGACCAGCUUCAGCCGGGAUCUAGCAGUGUUGGUCCUUCGUGAUCCGGUGCAAUACACAGAUUGGGUGCGGCCUGUCUGUCUAUGGCCAGAAAAUCUAGUGGAUAUCAGCAAUAUUAUCAACAAAAAAGGAUCGGUCGUGGGAUGGGGCUUCGACGAGACGGGCUCAGCGACCGAAGAGCUGAACCUAGUAGAGAUGCCGAUAGUCAACCAACUGACCUGCAUCAAGUCUUACCCAGAAUUCUUCGUCCGCUACACCUCCGAGUACACGUACUGCGCGGGCUACAGAAAUGGUACUCGAGUCUACAAUAAAGAUACGGGAACUGUAGAAAGUUCAUCAGUCUGCAAUGGUGACAGCGGUGGUGGUAUGGUGUUCAAAAUUGACGACCGCUGGUACCUCCGAGGGCUGGUCUCCUUAUCCGUAUCCAGGCACAACGAGCGCCGCUGUGACCCCCAACAUUACAUAGUGUUUACGGAUUUAGCCAAGUUCUUGCCGUGGCUCAAACAGCAUAUAGCCGAUUACUGAUAGUUGUGCGCCGGUGUCAAGUAGUCCUCGACAGUUAGGAAUUGGUUUAAUUGAUUUUAGACCUUAAGAGUUGGUUUGAAAAGGUAAAUUUUCGUACGAUGCGAUUUCGGUUGGAUUUCAAAAAUUUUUUUUCAAAGCAAUCAUAUUUAGCGCUAUAUUUUGUUGCGCGAAAAACAGUUAAUUCUUGUCGCUUACAAUUACUUACUUGAAUGCAAUUUAAACCCUAGUCUUACCGCAUAAGGUCUGAUUUCGUUUAGGUUCUCCAGUUCUGCUAAUUAUGAAAGGACUAUUCGCCAUUUUGUUGUAAGAUAGUUUAAAGCUGUUAAGAUUUAAUGAAGUGAUCAGAAUUGAAACAGUCGUUUCACUUUGCAAGGAAUGAGUGAAAUUCUUCUGAUUUCUUUUGGCGUUUGUUUUUUUUUUCGAAUCAAUAAUUACAUUUCCUUUAACUACAAAACAAAUGAACUUGAAAAACUGACGUAGUGUUGCCAAUUUACAUUUAAACUGCGAUGUCAACAUUUAAAUGAUUUUUAUUUAGCCCUGUUAAUAUUGCUUCUAAAUGUCGGUACUUGUAUGUAAAUGCAAAUACCAGUAAUUAAAAUUUUAUUUUAUCAUUGUACCUUUAUCAAUAACUUUAAAAUAUACGAAUAUUAAAUAAUAUUUGACAGAUCUUUGCAAUAUAAAUUACCGCCCUCUAGUGGCGAAAAAAGGACUCAAACUAGUAUUUAUUAACAACUCAAUUAAAGGCAGCUACAUUUCAUAGACAUUUUUAUAAUGAUGACUAAUUGAUUAAUUAUAAAAUAUAGUUUCUCCUUAAGGUAUGCUCUCUAUGACCUAAAAAUGCCUCAUGUACUUAAGAAACUAUUGAUGUUCCAGAUUAAAAAAAUAUAUUAAUUUAUUUGAAACAAGUGUAGAUUUACACACUUGCUUAAUAUAUAUGUAGAUAUUAUCAAACAUGAGAACAAUAUUUUUAUACUUCGACAUUCCAACUAUUUAAUAG